GAAAUAUCUUCCGCGUCUUUAAAGCCAGCCCGCCCUGCCCUGCAGCUCACCCACCCCCACCCGUCCACGUCGAGAAAAGGCCGCUGCCCUCCCAGAUCGACCACAACCAGACAGACCUGGAAACACAAAAUUUCUCACUGCCCUCUGUGUCCAGCCUGUGAGACAGGUACGAAUAUGCCUCCGGUUGCGCAAAGUGGCUUGGCCUGCGCCCCUUGACUCGACCUACACCCAACUUGGGUCCUGCCGCUGCUGUCCGACCGACGCGGAGCCGUCUGGAUCCCACACCACGCCAAGCUGCUCGUCAUUGCAUACCCGCGCCUGCUUCCCGAGUACCGAGCCGACUUCACUCUCGCAUCACGCCCGCUGGGCUCCACCCCUGCACCCUCUCACCAUUCACCUUUGGCGCGUCCUCCGGACCUGCUACAAAAAACAUGUUCGUCGGCCAGAACUCGAACCGGGUCGUUCCCCCGGAUAAUGGCCACACAAUCACCGCCGCCAUGAGCCACGGCAUAGAGAAGCUGCUUGGCGGGCGCAAGUUUGGCUCUUUGCGGAAGCCCAAGCUCAGGUCGUCGGCGAGGGUGUCGUCUCUGCGGUCGUUGCGCCCAGGGCCAACCUAUGACCUCGCUUCCACUCCCUUGAUCGAGGAGACUGCCUCGGUUGCCGACGAGCACAGUUUGUUUCCUCAGCCCUCUUUCAUACGACCAAAGAGCAACCGCAUGGUCGCCAGAGACGAGGCUUCUCCCGCUAGCAAGGCAUGUCCUCUACCCAGCAGCAUCUCUGAGCCGGGUAAGAGCAACCGCUCAGCGAGGUCGUCACUCGGCUCCGACCAUGCUUCCUACUCCAUCCCUCGCCGCUCUUCUUCUCUCACCAAGAGAAGGGGCGGACCCUCGUCGCUCUCAUCGCUUGUCCACUACGAGUUCACAACGCGCGAGAACAAGAAUGCAGCCCGCUCCCUGUCCUCGCUGUGUGGCUCCCAACGUUCCAUAAGCAUCUCUCCUAGGUCACCAAAGUCGAUGCGCGCCGAGCUUGACGCCGCCUUUAGUCGCCAAGCCGCCGUUAUAUCUGUUGGGGUUGACACCCCGCCGCCUUCUGACAGUGAGAGCCGCCCGCCCUCGUCAUCGAACGGGACCUCAAGGUCGCUGUCUCUUGGCCAAGGCCCAUCGACCCGGAGCCCCAGCCAGCCGACACCAGGGCCAUCACCUGCUUUGGUCCCCAUUCCAGACUCGGCGUUGCGGGCGCCAAGGAGCAGCGAAGAUGCAAGCGAUCGCCGUCCCAGUCUCCAGAGCCUGCUUCAACCACAAACGCCCUCGAUAGAGACUGCAGACUUUUCCGUUGUUUUCGAUCCGAUUCUGCAGGAGCCUGAUCUCGGAGACUUUCUCGGCCUCAGUGACGACGAUAUUGCCGAGUCACGUCCGCCGUCACCUGGGCUCCCCGUUGAGGUAGCAUCUCCAAUAGUGAAGGGGUCGCUGGCACCAAUCCACACUGGUGACUUGCCUGUCUCGCCGCGGACACCCUCGAUUUCUUGCCGCCGAGAUUCCCGGGAUCCGCCCAGCCCUUGGGCCAAGCCGAGCCCAAACCUGCCGCCACCUACCCCAAUGUCGGUCCGACGCAUCUCGGCCAGGCUCUCGGCGACGGCCAACGAGGAUCGUGCUGCUGCGAUGGCCGCCUUUGAAACAGCCAGGAUUGCCUCGAGGUAUCAGUUCGACCUUAUCUACGUCAUCAACCUGUGGCCCAAGAGGAAGAUGGGCAAUCCCCCUCGCUUCCCCUUUUCGGCCGAGGCAUUCGGCGACGCCAUGAGCCAGGCUUCGGCAACAACAAAGAGGAACUCUACCUCGUCGAUGCGCUCAAGUCGCCCUGAUUCGUCCUCGCUCCGCUUCUCCGACAUGGCCUCACCAGGCCAGUCCAUCCGACUGAGUGACAACGAGGUUCCAAACACGCCCAGGUCGGGUGGAACGGAUGAUGAUGAUGUCGGAUUCCACUACCGCUUCCUGGCCGCAUAUGGCCUGCAUACCGUCAAGGCGCCCCUGCAGAUCUCCUAUGCGGUUCACAACAAAAUCCUCCAGACGGAAGGCUGGAUCGAGUACCGCGGAACAGAGCCCGACGACUACCAGCGCGGCUACGCACAAGCUUUCUACCAAGGUUCUGUCCCCUUCUGCGGAGAUGGCACAAGUCGACCGUCGACGGCAGCGCAGGGCCAGGCGCACAACGGCGAACUCGGCAACGGCCACGUCAGGUCUGAGCACAACCGCGGCAUCAUAUUUGCGGCCUACCGAAAGCCGCGCCCCGGCGCCGAGCCCGCCAUCAUGACCGCCGCCGAGCGCAUGGACAUGCAGCAGGACGCCCAGGGCCUCGUCGACAUGAUCCUCGACUGCCACAUGGUCAAGCGGCGCCACGAGCAGCGGGAGAAAUUCGAGAUGAUGGCGCUGAAGAGCGCAGGGUUUGGCGGUCGUCGGCUCGAGUCGCUCUCGGGUCGCAGUGGCGCGGCACCAACCGAAUGCGGCUCCAAGGCGGGCAAGUUUGCUGAUGGUGCCCGGGGGCGAGCUUCUAUUUGACGGCCACGCACCCGCCUGCAGCUUGGGGAUGCAACGAACUUCCAGUACCACUUUCGGCUUCUGGAAGCGGCGUGGAGGGCCUGUUUGCGACCAGACCCCGCCUCCAAAGAUACGUCGCACUGCAUAUUCCGAUAGCUGAGGGUUCCGGGUUAUGUCACCUUUGCGACCCCAGCAGAACAAAUUCUUCCAGAGCGGCCUUUUUCCAUCUGUUGGCCUCGACUCUUGGCUUCUUUUUUCUUUCCUUUUCUUCUUUUUUUUUUACAUCCCUUGUUGCGCGCUGCUCAUACCCCACACUUGUCUUUUUCGCGCUUCCUCAAUACCCCUAGACCAACGCCGAAGGCCUACCGGCGAUGCUGUCCAAGUUCAUCUUGCCGUUUUCCAUGUUUGUUAUAUUUCACCCAAUCAUCGGGCGGAUCUCUCUUUCCGAAAAGCAAACACUUUUAUUUGACGGCUUCUUCCCUUGAGAGGAUCGAUCGCGCACGAUCCCUCUACACACUCUCUCUCGCAGUCAUCUCUCUGCGAUAUUUUUCCAUUGCGUCAACAAUUUAUCACUCCACAACUGAAUGACUGGGGCGGGCUGGCGUCUUUUGGGAUGGGGGUUUGGGGGAUUCCGGGGCGGGCGGGCCAAAGAGCCGGGUGCGGCUCACGCUGUUAUGACGACUUACUCGGUGCCUAGACUUGCCGGCGACUGAUAUGUCGCUUGGCUAAUACUCUCCUAGUCACCCCGCCAUCUUGCCUUUCGGAAGGCCAUGGUUUUCUAGAACCGACGCUUCCGUCGAAGGGACUAUUCCCAAUGAAUUCGUGAUCC